UCUUAAUGCACAACUGUAUACUUCUUUGUAGGACACACAACUUCUGUAGCCGCGACCAUGGCAGCUCUGUCUGCAACAACUUUAAAUGCCACAGCAGUGACGUGUAAGUCGAAUGAAACUGCUGAAGUCGUAAUAUGUUGUUCGAAACACGCAGGGUGAAGUUCUCUAAACAGCAGUUUAUCAUUUCAAUCAAUUAUUGACAACCGUUUCUCAAAAUAUACUGAUGUCGUUUGCUAGAAUCGUCCAGAAAGGCUUAAGGGUUGGAUUUACCAAAGGCUUGGGAACUAAGACACCGUGCAAGGGGAAUAGCAACAAUUCUGAAAAAGUCGCUAAGUGCAUAUUUCUGCCCAAAACCUGUAUAUCUUUAAUGCUUCAUCAGAACAUUGAACAUUUCAAUAGGUUUCGAGAAUACUAAAUUGGCGGCCGCGGAUUAUUCGAACAUUGACGUCUAAGUUCACAAUUUCUCUCCUUCCGGCGGAUUUCCUCUUCUCUUACGAGAACUCGUCUCUUAGCCAGUGGGAAUUUCUCCUUUACGCAGCAGAAAUAUGUAUCAUCUCACCGGAAUUUCUGUCUUUCCACGAGAACUGUUCUCCUGCCCAGAGGAAUUAUCUUUUAGCCAGCAUGAAUUCUUCUAGUUUCACGAGAAGUUCUCUGCCACACAGCAUGAAUUUCUCUCCUAGCCAGCAGGAAUACAUACCCUUCCGCGAGAACUUCUCUCCUUCAACGAGGAUUCCAUUCCUCGGACGAGAAUUUCUCUCUUGUGUAAGAGUAAUUUCGCUCUCCUUGAAAAUAUCUUUCCUUUCACAGGAAUUUUUGUAAUAAUCAAGCGAAGAAUUGAAUACCCCACAAAGUAAUAAUAAAGUAAUAAUUAUUCUUCAGUUAUAUAACUCCCUGGUGUAAAGUUAUGGAGGUCCAGUAGUUUGCUCUCUCAGUUGCUUGUCUCCUAUAUUCGAAAGAUGGUGAUGAGUAAUUCAAAUACUGCAAAAAAGAGUUGAAUAUAUCGCCAUAUGAAGAAACGUUUUAGAUAGCGUUGUGAACUUAUUCAUUUUUAUUUAGCUUUGCCAACGGUCGGUAAUACCCUGACCACUAUGGUUAGUACCAUUGCUGGGACAGUCAUCUCCACCAUGUCAACAACAACAACAACAACAACAACAACAACAACAACAACAACAACAACAACUACAACAACAACAACAAGAAUACCAUUGCUGGAACAGUCGUCUCCACCAGGUCAACAACAACAACAACAACAAACUAAUAGUGAAUUAAAAAGAAGCCCUAUGGUUCAGAAGUUUUCCAGAGAUCGAGGUUCAAAAAGGACCCCGACACAGAGUUGGAACCGGGCCGGUGCCGGGCCGGUCAGGUAUAAAAGUUUACGCCGGCCGAUCUCCAUCGAUCUUUUGCCGGUCUAG